GGCGGCGGUGUGGAGGAGAGUAAGGUGGUGAACACGUGGUGUGUGGCGAAUGAGAAAGCUGGGACGGAGCAGCUGCAAGCGGCGUUGGACUAUGCUUGUGGAGAAGGAGGAGCUGAUUGCCGUCCGAUUCAGCCGGGUGCCACGUGUCAUAAUCCUGAUACACUUGCGGCACAUGCUUCUUAUGCGUUCAAUAGUUAUUAUCAAAAGAAAGCACGUGGGACUGGCACGUGCGAUUUCAAAGGAGCAGCUUACGUCGUCACUCAACAUCCAAGUAAGUAUUCAUAGACGCGGCUCAAUAAAAUA